UUCAAACAAUUACUGUUAUUCAAGCAACAACGGUGAUAAGUCUACCAGUUCCACCAGUAACCGGCGAUGGAUGCUCCGUCAGAAACUUUGAAUUCACGAUGUCACUGCUUGGAGACGGAGUGGAGUGCAUUCAGAACAUGUCGGCUGACUGCCUCACGUCGCUGGGCUUCACGCAGCGUCGCAUGGUCAUCCAGGCAACCGACGACGUCUACAUGCAGACCAAGGAGAAGAUAUCCAUCGCAGAAGAGGAAAGCAAGAAAGCCUGCGCAAAAGUGAUAAAGGCGAGCGGACUCUACAACGGCCGAAAGAUUACGACCAAGAAACCGAAUUCCGUGAUACCUCCCCAGAAGCCGAGGGAGAUGUCCAGCGGUGUGCUGCUCUCUUCAAACUCUGGUGCAAUAUCGUCGCACAAGACGAACAUGACUCUGUCGCCGAGCGGCUACGGCCCGCCCGGCGCGCCGCCCAACUCUCGGCCGACCGGCAACUUCAGUUCCGCCCCGCAGGGGGCGCUCAGCUCACGACCAAGUGCACCAAGUAACAGUUUCCAGCGAGCGAGCACGCAAAACUCUGAAGUGAUGAAGCGGCCGUAUAGGGAGAGAGUGAUUCACCUGCUAGCCGUUAGGUCCUACCGCAAGCCAGAGCUGCUAGCAAGGCUCAUGAAAGACGGGAUUAGGGAGAAGGACAAGAACGUGCUAAGCACAAUACUGUCGCAGACGGCCGUCAUGAAGGACAACAUCUACUCGCUCGCGCGCGGCCUCUACCAGACCGACGUCGACCCCAGCUGGCCUUUCUACACGGAAACGGACAAGCAGUUGCUCAAGAGACGCAUGCCGCAGAAUCUGACGCCACCAGCAGGUGGCGAGCACGAGCCGACUGUGUCGCCCUCUAGGGUGGAGAGGAAAUCUCCCGGCGUGACGGUGAGGACGAGUCCCUCCAGCACGACCGGCGGCCCGCACGCCCCCUCCAGGCUGCUGUCCGAGAAGCGACCGUGUCCGGUAGUCGCGCACCUGCAGCCGAGCAGGCAAGAAAUCUCGGCUCGUCCCUGGGGCAGCCACCGGCUGGCCGCACCAGCGCGGGCCCACCCCUUCCACCGGGGCGGCGGCGCAGCGGUUAGCACGACGGUCAGCACCAGCGCCAAAGUGACGUCGACGAAGCCGGCGGGCGAGGUGCGCACGGCGUCGCCGGACAGCCAGGAGGGCAGCCAGGAGAACUACCACAACGGCUGCUCGGCCGAGCGCACGACCCCGACGUCCACGUCCGACAUCCCCGAUUAUCAGACUAAGUACACGGUGAUCACGUUGGCGGAGCAGCGGGCCGAGUACAAGGCAGAGUUCAACGCGCAGUACGAGGAAUACCGAGAGCUGCACGCCACGAUCGACAAGGUCUCCAAGAAGUUCGCUCAGCUAGAAGACAAGCUCAAGGAGAGUCUGAAGGGCAGCCCCGAAUACCUGAAAACGCAGAAGGAAAUUCGUAAGGAGUAUCGUGCGAACAAGAAUGACUCAUACGUUGGGCAGAAGAAGCGCUUGCAGUACCUGCACCACAAGCUGGCGCACAUCAAGUCUCUCGUGCUGAAGUACGACAGUCACAUGCUCGUCAGCUCAUAGCGGCGGCCCCCCCGCGGCGCGCGCGCGCGUACGCACAUGCCGCGUGGAGACCCCCGCCAACCGAUGUCUGCCUCUCCUCCUCCUGCUCCUCUUCCUCCUUAUCCACAUGAUCAUCAUCAUCCUACUACGACUACUCCUGAUGCUCCUCUACAUUCUCUUCCUCUUCCUCCUCUUCCUCCUCCUCCUUCUCCUCCU